AUGAUCGAACCCGUUCGAAGGCUGAUCGACGGGCAAUGGCGGUGGUGUCGCCCUGAGACCAACGAUGUAGUCACGCUGCAAGACCUCCUUGACGAACUAGAUGAAGAGCCCGCACCUGCGCCUUCGCCCACCAACAGCGUCAAGAACGAACAGCCUCUUGAGGACGCUAGUGCAGGCGUGGCCAACACACAAUCGGCUUUGCCCAUCAACAGCAUCGACAGAAAGCAUCUUGCAGAUGCAGGCGGCGCAACCAAAACCACAGCCAGCGCUGUCCCUGAGCAGGCGCUCGCACUCCUUGACAAUGUCGUCGCGGACGAGAAGGAAGAAGACGAGGACGACGAUCCCGCUGCUGAUCCACCGUGCCACCAAGCGGAAUCCUCGCACAAAGGUUCUCGCAAGUCGCUGUACGCUUACAACCGCAGCGUCAUCAUCCGGCGACAUUUCCAGCCAUGCUGUAAUCUCCAAGGCCACGCUUGUAAGCCUACCGAGUUCAAAGGUCGAGGAAAGCGCUGCGGUUGUAAGAAGGACACUUUGAAAAAGCGCUGCAAACGGGGCGAUGCAUGGCUCGACCACAACAAGGUGUGGCAGUACGCCCACUGCUUGGGCGAGGGUAUGACUCCGGAGGAAGCAGAUGUUGCGGUGUGGGGUGGCCCGCACACCAUUCUCGGUGGCGUGCUCGACAAGAUGGACAAAAAGGAUUACAUAAUCCCGACGAGCGGUCCUGCCAGACAUGCCACAAGCUGCUGCCUGUCGAAUCUCGAAGAUGCUGCAGCCCUGAUCUGA